CCGCCGCCUCAUAACCAGCCUCGGGCCGCGCCAUGGCCGGUCUGAGCGGGGCUGAGGGCGGCGCAGGAAGCGCUGGGCCCGGCGGGAGCAGCCGCUAUGCCGUCCCCGAGGAAACCGCGGCCAUCGCGGCUCGGCGCGGGCACUUCGCCGGUACGGCCGGAGCGGCGGCGGGAGGUGCAGGGGCCCCUCAGGCGGGGCCGGACAGGACGAGGCGGGGCCGCCGAGCCAGCCCAGCCCCGCUCCGCUGCGCUCCGCCCCGCGCCGCCGGCGCAGCGCUCCGAGUUUUCGGCGCCAAACGUCUGUGGCGCGGGGACCGCAGUGCGCCAGUGCCCUUCCGCCGCGCGGGCCGGGAGCAGCGGCCGCGGGGCCGAGCGGAGCGGGAGGCAGCGCGGCGGAGGGAUCCGGGCGGUGCGCGGGGCCGCGACCCCCUCGCCAUGGUGGUCCUGCGGAGCAGCGCUGCCCGCCCGCCCCGCAUGGCUGCCCGCGACAGCCGCUGCCGGCGGCCCCCCUUCGACCUCCUGGACUCCAGCUCCGAGUUCAUUUCCCUGGAGUCCCCCGCGCUCAGAAGCCACCGCGUAUGGACGCGGUCCGGGUCCGCCAGGGCCGCGGUGUCCAGGGGCGCCAGGAGAACCGAGGAGGCCAAAUUUACCUCUGGCAACAUUGAAUGUUUCAAUGGACACCGUUUAAGAUCGAUGAGAAAAAACAUGCAGCGCUGUUCAGAGUCUAGCUUUGACAAAAGCAUGGAAAUAUUAAGUGAAAAUGUCAAUCGACACUUUUCGAGGCAGUUGGCAAAGCCAAAAUCAGGCCCAAAAAAAGAAGACUAUAAAGAAGUGUCCGAGACACUGAAGACCAGAGCUGAUGCAAAAGCUGCAGAGCAAGUCCACGAGGAAAACGGGGAUUUGGAGGUUCGCCGCAGCUGCAGGCUUCGACAAAGCCGUUACGCCACUACCAAUGAAUCCGUUUUGUUUGACAAACUUAUAACAAAUACUGCAGAAGCAGUCUUGCAAAAAAUGGAUGACAUGGAGAAGAUGCGCAGACGGCGAAGGAUGGGAGACCUGGAGGAGUUCCAAGACACAGAAGAAGAAAGCCUCGAUAUGGAAAGGACUGAUGAAGAAAUAGCUGAUAAUCAAGGGGGUUCCUCAGAAGAAAGUGAAGCCAAAGAAGAUGAUGGUGAAGACAAUCGGAAGCGUUACUCCUUUCGGCAGAGGAAAACCGUUGAGCGCUAUCAAGCUCCAUUGCAAAAACCAAAACAACGUAAGAUGUAUUUUUCAGACAGGUCUUCACCUGUCAGACAGAGAGAUGCAUGCAAGGGAGCUAACAGACGGAGACACACAGUGCCCAGCAGUGAUUCCUCUUCCUCAUCUGAUGAUGAAGAGGAGUUUGAGAGGCAGAGGAAGAACAGAAAUUUAAGAAGGUCUCUUCCUGUCAACUUUCGUAAAAGUGACUUAAAGGGAGUUCACAAAGAUCGCAUGAAAAUCGGAGCGAGUCUGGCUGAUGUUGAUCCAGUGCAAAUAGAUUGUUCAGUACGAUUUGAUGGCGUUGGUGGUCUUGCUGACCACAUUUCUGCUUUAAAAGAGAUGGUUGUUUUUCCAUUGCUUUAUCCAGAAGUCUUUGAGAGGUUCAAAAUUCAACCUCCAAGAGGCUGUCUAUUCUAUGGUCCACCAGGGACUGGAAAGACCCUGGUUGCUCGUGCACUUGCUAAUGAAUGUAGCCAAGGUGACAGGAGAGUAGCCUUUUUUAUGAGAAAAGGUGCUGACUGCCUGAGUAAAUGGGUUGGGGAAUCGGAACGACAGCUUCGUUUGUUAUUUGAUCAGGCCUACCAGAUGCGACCUUCAAUUAUUUUCUUUGAUGAGAUUGAUGGUCUUGCUCCUGUACGGUCCAGUAAACAAGACCAAGUUCAUAGCUCUGUUGUAUCAACACUUCUGGCACUUAUGGAUGGCUUAGACAGCAGAGGAGAGGUUGUGGUAAUUGGAGCCACCAACAGGCUGGAUUCUAUAGAUCCUGCUUUACGAAGACCAGGACGCUUUGAUCGAGAGUUUCUCUUCAGCUUGCCAAACAAAGAGGCAAGAAAAGAGAUUUUCAAAAUUCACACACGAGACUGGACCCUCAAGCCAUUGGACAAGUUUCUUGAAGAGCUGGCUGAGAAAUGUGUUGGAUACUGUGGUGCUGAUAUUAAAGCCUUAUGUGCUGAAGCUGCUCUCUGUGCUUUGCGCCGCCGCUAUCCUCAGAUAUAUGAAAGGAGUGAGAAGCUGCAGUUAGACAUCUCUUCGAUUAAAAUAACAGCAAAGGAUUUUGUCAUGGCCAUGCAGAAGACUGUUCCAGCUUCACAGAGGGCUGUGGCUUCACCUGGGCGAGCACUAUCACCUAUUUUAAAACCACUGUUAGAAAACACAUUGGAAAGAAUUUUACAAGCCUUACAAAGAGUAUUUCCCCAUGCAGAGCUUGCACUGAAGAAGGACCAACAGCAAGGAAAUGAUGUGAUUGACAGUGAAGAGGAAUCACCAUCAAUCUUUGAAGAGAAUCCAACUCACAAAGUACCUGAUCGUGAAAAGGCAGAAUUCCUCACUUUAAACAGAAAUCCUCGUUGCCAGCCAACAUCUUUCAGGCCACGGUUCUUAUUAGUUGAAGAUCCAGGGUGUGGGCAGGCUUUUCAUCUGGCACCUGCAGUAAUCCAUGCCCUGGAGAAGUUUCCUGUUUAUACACUAGACCUGCCUGCUUUGUUUGUUAGCAUCACAUCCCCAGAAGAAACAUGUGCACAGUUGAUGAGAGAGGCUCAAAGAACAGCACCAAGUAUCAUUUAUGUCCCACAAAUCCCUUUGUGGUGGGAGACUGUUGGACCUACAGUGAAAGCUGUAUUUACAACACUGCUGCAGAACAUUCCAACCUUUGCUCCGGUUCUGCUCCUUGCAACAACUGAUGUAAAACAUGGAGAUCUCCCUGAAGAGAUAAAAGCUUUAUUUAAUAAUGAUUGUGAAGAAGUUUUCAAAAUCCAGUGGCCUACCUGUGCUGAAAGAAGAAGUUUUUUUGAGGACUUAGUUAUGAAGCAAGCUGCUGAACCUCCUGCAUCAAAAAACAACUCAGCUCGGCAGCCACUGGAAGUUCUGCCUGUAGCUCCGCCACCAAAGCCUCGACAGCUGUCAGAGGAAGAAAUAAAACAGCUGGAGGAGCAGGAGGAGGACACGCUGCGUGAGCUGAGGAUUUACCUAAGGGAUGUGACUCACAGACUUGUCAUUGACAGACGUUUCAGGGCAUUCACAAAACCUGUUGACCCAGAGGAGGUACCUGAUUACAAUGCUGUUAUUAAACAACCCAUGGACCUCUCCACAGUUCUGUCCAAGAUUGACAUGCACCAGUACCCAACUGCAAGAGACUUUCUAAAAGACAUUGAUCUAAUCUGUAGCAAUGCUUUAGAGUACAACCCAGCUAAAGAUCCUGGAGAUCGUCUCCUUAGGCACAGAGCCUGUGCUUUGAGAGACACUGCCUAUUCCAUCGUGAGGGAGGAAAUGGAUGAAGGUUUUGAACAACGCUGCCAAGAAAUCAAAGAAUCUCAUAGGCAAAGAGGUUCAGACUGUGCUUCCUCUUACUGCUGUGUAAUGCCAAAGGAGGACUCUGGGUGUAAGAAAACAGACCCAAAGUGUAAUGACAAACUGAAGAUGCUAGCUGUGCCUGUGGAUGUCAGUACCCCCUGCUCUAAAGAUAAGUCAAAAAGAAAACGCAAAAGGAAUAGAGAGUCUUCAAGUAUUAGAACGAAGAAGAGGCAUAUUCAGUUCAAUAAAGAGAAUAAAAUUCCUGAAGACCAAAAUGAAGUGGAGACCAAUGAAGAGUCUAACACAGAUUGCACUGAAUUUGCAUCCUCUCAGGAUUCUCCUAUUGAAGAACAUGAAAAUGUACUUCAAGAACGACAGAAAAAUGGGACAGAAAAUGAAAGAGAGAGAGUUCUUGUGGGCAAAUCUCCUUCUGGAAAAAAGAGAGAACACUCGGACCUAAGAGAGCAGAGUGAGAUGCCAGAUUGUCAAAAAGCCGGAACUUCUGAAGAGAGACGUUCAGAUGAUUUGUGGGUACAUCGUAUGACUCGUGCAAGAUCUUCUCAGGUGGAAGAGAAACAGCUGGGAUGUGUUGGGAAAGCAAUGAAAGUUGGCACACAGAGAGUGUUUGUGGAUUCCUGUGAGCUCAAACAAGUGCUGCAUUCUAUUGCCGUGGUAACUGAGAACGUCAGUGUAUUUCGCAUGGAAAAACUAUAUGCUGUCCUUAGCCAGUGCAUUUACCAACACCGGGAAGAUGGUGACAAAAACGAAUUAGUGAAGGCAAUGAAGAAAGAAAUUACAGCCUUCAGUGAUACUUGAUUUCAGCAUACUUGAUGCACUCUGUAAUGUUUUAUUUUUAUUGCAUGCUGGUUUUUCUUUGCAUUGUUCAAUAAAUACUAGGUCUACGUAUAUAUUUAUACAAAUAUAUCUUAAAAUUUAUUAAGAAAGCUCAAAUAAAGUCAUUUAAUGACUUUGAUAUUUCCCUUCUAGAUAUGUAUAUUUUAAUGUGACAUACUGAUGUGAUUGCCUUUUGAACUCAGCAGAUCUGAAUAGAUAAUUUCAGUACCUCUCUUUAAAAGAAAACCGAACUUGAAACAAAGCAAGAUUUACUACUGUAACUUUCUAAGGUAAAGUAAUGCUUGUAAUAAUAACAAUCAAUACUGGAGAAAAGCAUUGUAACACAAAUUGGUAGUUCAUCAGAUGGCUUGUAGUUGAAUUCAGUUGUAAAUAAUUUUCUAGCUACCUGGGAAGAAUCAUAUCUGUUUAUGACAUAAAAGUGUAUAUAUUGUUGGUGAUAAAUAUAUUGAAGUAAAAGCAAAGCAGUACCCUGUUUUGAAGAACUAUUUCUCUUCAAACCAGCAGUGAAAAUUUAUCUGUUAAUUUGAUAGUUAUUUAAAAAGAAUAAGAUAAAGUUUAACUAUAUGAAAAAAAAAUUUUAUAAUAAAUCAUGAUAAAAUAUGUGGCAUGACCCUUCACUUUUCUGUUGUCACCUCACAGAGACAACAUGUGGCAAUACUGAACACCAAACUGUGCAAUCCUUCUUUGUGUUUGGUUUCUUACCUCUGUCAGUAGUGUUCUCUUUUUGUGUCUUUCUACUGUGUUUGUUCAAACAUUGGUGUGCUAUGUAGAUUUUUUUUUAAUCUGUAUUGUUUGGUGGGUAUUAAUAAAAAAUGCAUCCCUUUUUA